AGACCACCUUUCCUCCUUGGGGGUUGUAUCCAAUGGCUAACUCUCUUGAUUUUGGUUUCGGCUAUCCUCUUUCAGAUAGGGAACCAUUUGACGUGUCUUCUCUUCUUUCUUCAUUGGGAAACGUCCAUCUUCAUUCGGGUAGUAGGAAUAUUAUUUUUUGGUCCCCUAAUCCCUCCAAGGGGCUCCCUUGCUGUUCAUUUUUCCUCAUUUUGAGUAGCCCUCGCGCUUCUAGGAACUCGAGGAAGGUUCACCUUCUCAAGAAGAUCGAAUUCUUUACCUGGCAAGCCUUACAUGGGAGAGUGAACACAAUGGGUUGCAUUCAAAAACACUCUUCCUUCUUGUUGGGGCCGCAGUGGUGCUUUCAUAGUAGCAAGGCGUCUGAAAAUCUGGAUCACAUCAUGCGGAAAUCCCAGUUCGCACUUCCAUCAUGGGACUGUUUUUUGGAGACUUUUGGUGUUCACUUAGCUCGUUAUAGAGAUCGUUCUCUCAUGUUGGGGGAGAAAAAUCAGUUCACUGUAUCAAUAACUGGAGCUACAGGCUUUAUCGGUCGAAGACUUGUGCAAAGGCUACAUACAGAUAACCAUAACAUUCGAGUUUUGACACGCUCUAAAUCUAAAGCCGAGUUGAUUUUUCCGGCUAGGGAGUUUCCAGGAAUUGUGAUCGCAGAGGAGCCAGGGUGGAAAGACUGCAUCCAAGGUUCAGAUGGCGUUGUUAACUUGGCUGGGUUGCCUAUAAGUACCAGGUGGUCUCCUGAGAUCAAGAAAGAGAUCAAGCAAAGCAGGAUCAGAGUCACCUCAAAGGUUGUGAGCUUAAUUAAUGAUGCCCCCGACGUAGCUCGCCCGACAGUUUUGGUUAGCGCAACAGCUAUUGGUUACUAUGGCACUAGUGAAACAGCAAUAUUUGACGAACGAAGUCCAUCCGGAAAUGACUACUUGGCCGAGGUUUGUAGGGAAUGGGAAGCAACAGCCCUGGGAGCAAACAAGAACGUCAGAGUGGCUCUUAUUCGUAUAGGUGUUGUUCUUGGUAAAGAAGGUGGUGCUUUAGGUAUGGGAGUUUAA